AUGGCUGCAGGGCACAAGAACACCACCACAGUGGCGCUCCUAGUUCUGCUGCUGUCAUUGAUGCUCUCUUUGACAGUGUCAGUGGCGCGACUGUCCAUUGCUACGGCCGUGGAGGUGUGCGUGAAGGCUGCUGUCGGGGCUCCUGACAAGCUUGGCGACUGUCCCUUCUCGCAGAGGGUUCUGCUCACUCUGGAGGAGAAGAAAGUCCCUUACCAGUUGAAGCUCAUUGACCUCAGCAACAAGCCUGGAUGGUUUCUGAAGAUCAGCCCAGAGGGUAAGGUACCUGUGUAUAACGGUGGUGAUGGCAAAUGGAUUGCUAAUUCUGAUGUGAUCACCCAAGUCAUUGAGAAGAAGUACCCAACUCCAUCUCUGAUCACCCCUCCAGAAUAUGCAUCAGUGGGAUCAAAGAUUUUCCCAUCCUUUGUCAAAUUCUUGAUGAGCAAGGAUGCUAAUGAUGGUUCAGAGAAGGCACUUCUGUAUGAGCUGCAGGCACUGGAGAAGCAUCUCAAAGCUCAUGGCUACCCCUAUAUCAGCGGGAAGAAUGUAUCAGCUGUUGAUCUUAGCCUGGCGCCGAAGCUCUUCCACCUGGUGGUGGCGCUGGAGCAUUUCAAGCGCUGGAAGGUCCCAGAAAGCCUGUCCAGCGUCCACGCCUACACCAAGGCUCUGUUCAGCCGUGAAUCUUUCAUCAAGACUAAGCCAACCAAGGAGCACCUGAUUGCAGGAUGGGCGGCCGAGGGUGCCCGUGUAAGCCCCCAUACCCAUCGUGCCUUGUUGGUACCUGGUGGACAUCCCCGGUUCAUCUGA